AUGGUCGAUUAUUCCUUCUUCGUCCAUGGAAGAGCCCCCCAACCACCUCAGCACGUCGAUUUAAAAGCUCGCUUGCUCCAGUCUUUCGAAGCCAUCACCGCUCCUGGAUCGUUUGCGGCAUGGGAGGCGCUUCCGACAACCCCACCUGCCGGCCUAUUUGUUGAUGGAGUCGGGCAGAUCACCAUGCCUCUCGGCGAAGGGCAGAUUCGGAACCUUAUCAAGAAAGCACACCAGGCUCCAUACGGCCGCAGAAGCGAGACACUCGUUGACUUAUCCGUCCGUAACACAUGGGAAAUCAACGGUGAUCAGCUGUUCUUCCUCGACCCCACAUGGCAAGGUUAUCUGCUCGACUUGAGUAAGGUCGUCGCAAGCAAACUAGGCAUCAACGGGCCAAUUCGAGUUUUAGUUAUAACGGGAAUGCAUAGCACUGAAAAGACUCCGGGCAUGUUUGGGACGAUGAUAAUCUGUUUGCCAUCAGCGCAUACCGGCGGUGAAGUCGUCGCGAGACAUAACGGCGAAGUGAUGGUUUUGAGCACAUCAGACGCACCUCAGUCAUUCGCGUGCUGGUAUUCGGAUGUGUCCCAUGAGGUUUUGCCAGUUCAGUCCGGCUAUCGGUGCGUCUUGACUUACAACCUCGCCACCUGGCCCGAUCAAACCCGCCCAGCAGCUGGUGCACUUGGCUUGCAAAAGGAACCACUCAAAAACGCACUCCAACGCUGGCUGCGAGACUUGUCUAACAACAACGCGCCAAGUCACCUCUAUCAUACUCUCGAUCACGAAUACACCGAAGCUUCCGUGUCUCUCAACGCGCUCAAGGCCAAGGACUCGGCGCGCGUACACGCCUUACAACAAUUGACACGCGAACUUCCCUUCGAAAUCUUCCUGGUGUUAUUGGAGAAAGAACUAAAUGGAGGUGUUGAGUUCACCGGGCCCGAACAUCGCCGCGGCUACCGCGGCUGGGGAUGCGUCGAAGAAGAUUACUACUCCGACUCUAAUGACACGGACGAGGAGGAUGAGCGAGAGGAGACCGGCCAUCACAAAAUGACCGAUAUAUUCGAUACUGAAUACACUGUGCUGUCACUUUGUACGCUCGAUGGCGCCACCCUCGCCAGCGAGUUCCCCUUUGAUACCGGCUGCUGUCUAGUCGCCGAUCCUUUCGAGUCAGCGAAGAUUGACCAGGAGGAAUACGAACCUUACAUGGGAAAUUCGGGUCCCUCUGCCACCCAUUGGUAUCGCCGCUCAGCGUUGCUUAUUGUUCCACGUGCAAAACUAGGAGAGUUUCUAGCCCAAAGCACAUCGUCCAAAUCCAGAAACAACUUGGACGCAGCCUUAGACUACAUCCAAAAAGUUCUUUCCCACCCUUCAGAUCGCAACGCACUGCUUGAUGCAAUGUCCGCACUCUACGAAUCGGCGCCCGACGGUGCCAUCUGUCGAGGUACACCAACCGAUAUCCUGAAGACUGCCCUUCAAUGCAAUCACCUCAAACUAUUUCGGGCGGUCGGAUCCCGCCACAAUGGCGCCCUGCCAAUUGAUUUUUUUGACUGGGUCCAGGAAUGGUUCGCCACACUUCCAGAAUCAGAGCGCAUUGAGAAGUACCAGGGAUGGUUACCAUCAGUUAUUGAGGGCUACCCAUCGGUGGCGGAUCGGAUCGACAUUAUUGCGAAGCUUUCAAUAAAUUCAGCGGGCGACGCCGCAACACUCGCAAGCUCUAGCUGGGCGCAAGACCAGAUACAUCGCUGCAUCCAAACCUUCCUCAAGACCACCCAGAGACCCGAGAGAAGCGAUGUAGACUUGGUUAUGUCUGCCCUCUUUCAUGUCAAUGAAGCAUCCGCACCUGUGCUUCUUACCUCCAUAUUCGAGCACUUUACACAUGCCCAUUCUAUCGCAUUCCUACUCGGAUUGCUUUCUCGGCUCAAAACUCAAGGGAUAGGGACAUAUCGCCCAAACCCGAACACCGUGGAACUCUACCGAAACCUUAGCUUGCAUGUUUUCAACCGCCAGAGGAAGCUCUCCGAGAUCAUUACCCCGAACGGAUCUACUUGGUCACAUUGCACCGGCCUCUUGAUCACUCCGCAGGAUCUGGUGCAGUUCGCCUGCGAUCUCUUUGAGAUGGGAACCGAUGGAGCGAGUUCAUUUAUUCAAGCAAUCAUUGCGCAAUGUAAAACUUACUCCACGGAACACAUGCGCGACUUUUGGAUGCCCUUUCUCUAUCAACUCAUCCCCGCUCUAGUCUCUCGCUCCGUCUCGCUCAACGCACCGGUUUAUCAGCAGCUGACACGUCACUUUAUCAAACACUUGGAUGAUAAAACUGUCGGAGCAAUCCCUUGCGGACCAGGAAGUGUAUUGGCCCAAAACCCUCAAGUGCAUUGUGGAUGUCCAGACUGUGGCGAGCUCAACAAAUUCCUGCGAACGAAUUCCCAACGUGUGGGUCGUUUCCGGAAAGUCCAAGCAAAACGAACCCACUUGGAGAAACAAAUCACUCGCGAGCGGAUUGCCUGUACUUGCGAAACCGAACGUGGUGGCAGUCCUUUAACGUUAAUCGUCGUGAAAUGUUAUGUCGUACAAGAGCAGAUCAACGCAUGGCAGAAACGUCAAAAGCAACUGUACAGUGCCUUGGCCAAGAACAUCCACAAAACCUACCUCCAAUGCCUGCUCAGCGACGAAGAAGCUACCCGCAUUCAAUCAUUAGCAGGGCUAGGAUGA